UCAAAUUGCCUUGAAUCACAACACUCUCUCCUCAGUCCUCAUCCCGGGGUGCACUUUACUCGGCAAAGACAUUCCCACUUCCCGAAUCCCAAUAACUUUCCUCCUCUCUUCCCCCAUUUUUCCUGGGAGGGAAGAAGACUUUUGCAACCGGCCAGCCACAGCUAGGGCUCCCCCUUUCCACUCGAGGUCCAGGGUGGUGGGUGACAAUGGUGAAGAACCUCAGCUGCUCUGCCUCUGCCUCUGCCUCUGCCUGUGAGUGGAUUGUUUGCUGCCUUCUCCUUCUUGCUGCAUCCCCUGUUUGCUCCAAGACCCAUGAAAACCCAGCAAAUGAUCUUGUGGACAUCAUCAACAGCAAUCGAACAUCCAUGAAGCUCCCAUCCUUAAACCGCAGUCCUGGGAUAGGGUGUGUGGCCUUGCAAUAUGCCGAGCUCUGCAAGGGGAACUGCACGAGCAACAACACUCUACACUGCAGCCCAUCAGAGGACAAUUUCACUGAGAUCUUCGCACCUAAUUGCGGCAUCGAGCUCCCCACCUUUGGGUCCAUCACUGGUCAAAUCAUCGGCUGCCACUCUAAGCACCUUGGCCCAUCACAAGCCUUCUCGCAGGUCCUCAUCAGAGACAACAGGACUCUGUCCCUUUUGAGGAACAGGUCAUACACUGAGGUUGGAGUAGGCGUGGUCCAUCAGUCCCACAAGGGGCCAUCUUAUUGGUGUGUUCUGUUCAGCAGUGAUAGGGCGAAUUCCACUUUUGUCCUCGAGGAUCGUGGCAUCGGGAUCAAGCAGAAGAAAGGUUGCUUCAGUGGGAGCAGCUUACCAUGCAGUGCUGCUGGGAUGAAGAAGACGACCAAGUUUGCAAACGUGUUCAUGGUAAUCACUUGCUUGUGGAUUUUGCUUCUGCAGCAGUUCGAAUGAUAAACUAGUAAUGUAGAUGGGAAAGCGAAAAAAGUUGAAAAAAUGCUUGUAGUUUUGUUCAUAUAUAUCAUUGAUGCUACCAAAUAUUCGGGCAGAUGGAAAAAGAAAUGUCCACGGAAUGCAUUGCUAUCUAUGAGACGGGGGACCGCUUGUAAUUUCUUGAAAUCUUAGUUCGAACAAGUUGAUGGCCCA